AUGAGCCGAACCAAAAGAGAUAAGAAAACAACACACGUGAGAAGAAAGUGCAGAUGUUUCCUAAACUUCGUACAAGGCAUUUACAAUUUUGUAAGGGAUGACUUGUGCAGGUGUGUUCUUAACUUCCUACGAGGUAUCUACAAUUUUGUAACGAGUGGAUCUACAAAUAGGUUCUUACCAGGUGACAAUGGAGAAAAUGAUCAUCUUUUACCAAAUACAAUUUACGUGACGGCAUCUGUGCAUCAUGAGUAUUGUAGAAAUGUGUUCAAUUCCUUUCAAAACAAGUAUUUGGAAUCUUGCGACCUCAGAUGGACUGACGAUGAAGUAAUUGACAAAACAACGAUUGUUUUUUGUCCGAAAAUCUCCCGUUUACAAGAUGACAUCAAAGCUACGCUUAAUGCUUUCGAAAUUCAAGGUGUACCCUACAUUAUGCUUGUAGUUAUCCACUACUGUGAACCUAGUCUCGUACCUGAAAACCUUUUAAAUGAUUGUAAAGAUAGAAGGGUAACUCGCUUCACGAAUAUUCUAUAUUGUGACUCCAAACUUUGCUUCGAAUGCCAGACCAAUAAAUCGGCAUCAGAUGAAAUAAAGAAAUUUAUCCAAAAAAACAGAGAAAACAUGAGGAAAAAAUUGUAAUAUAUAUACAUUAUUAUAACAGUAACUUGAUCCGAAGAGUCGUAUCACGUCGAGUUGACAGGCGCGGAUCAUCAGAUCAAACGAGACGCGAAGCGUCGAGUUUGAUCUGAUGAUCCGCGCCUGUCAACGAGACGUGAUACGGCUCUUCGGAUCAAGUUACUGUUAUAAUGAUAAAUUUAUUAUAUACCCUCCCUUACAAGUAGCAAAAUAUAGUUUUAAAAAAACUUUUGAGAUCAAUUAUAUAAGAUUUUUCCAUUAAACAAAGCAUUUUUCAAGGAACUUUUUGAUGCGCAUGAAAAAUAACGUCAUGUUUCUGUGUACUACGUCAUCAGUUUCAGAGAGGGGUGAUAUGGAUUCAGAAAACCACAGUGUGGUGAUCCGGAAAGUCGGAUCACACCGUCACGUGAUUGUACGAAAUCUACAGUAAAAUUGAGUGAUACAGACUUGGGUAUAUAAUAAAAUGAGUAAUUUAUUGAGGGUUGCUUAACUGUUUUCUGGAUUUGAAAGUAGUUACAUUACAAGAAUUAAAAUAGCGUAUUUUAGACCUCUAAUUGAUAAUGUAAAAUGUGGCAAAUAAAAAUAAUAUUCACUGAACGUGUUCCUUGGCCUUUUGGAUAUGUGUGGUAUAGAAGAUUCCAUACUGGAUUGUGCAUAAGUCUUAUUUUGUUGCAUUCAAAUGCAUUUUGAAAAGCAGACGCAAAUAAGAGAAGAGGAAUUCUAACAUCCUCCACUGUUUUUGACAACUUGAGCUUUCUGCAAGGACUACCAAAGGAACUACGUCGUAAACAUUGCAAAAAAUUCGAAUGAAAAUUCUGUCAUCUGGUUUUUCUACAAUUAAAAUAAAACAAAUAUCUAGAAUC